CCCAGAGAUAAAGAUAAAAAAAAAUUAUAUUAAAAAACGAUUAAGAAAAGUCUCCUAACCCUUCGCGCUUCUUUGGCUAUCAAAGCCUAUAAAUUUCUUGACUGCUUUUAAAAGAAAGUAGUCAUGUCUGCUGUUAUUAUUACUGUACUCACUGGUAUGUUCUUAGGGGACACCUUUAAUCUUGCGAAAUACGAGAAGGGAAACGCUAAUGUUUUUGAUCAGAACGCAAUAAACCAACCUAAGGUGAUUGAUAGAAGUUUUACGCGGUCCCAGUACAAGCUAGUUGAAACUUCUACACAAGCCAGGGAGUUCUUGGAUAUCAGUGGUUCUGUUUCAUUGCGUAUCAAGAAAGGGGACAUUGAUGUGCAAGGUACAUGGUCUUAUUUGAAAAAUACAGCCAACAGGCAGAAUUUUGUGGAGCUGCUUGUUAGAGUACAGCAUGAAACGAUAACAGAAACUAUUCCUUCCCAUAUAAAACCAACAGAGGAAUGGAUGUCAUCGCCUAAAGAGCCAGACGUAACACAUUAUGUACGAAGUUUAACAUAUGGUGGUGAACUUAUUGCAUCUCUGAGGCUCAAAGCUAACAAUAGAGAGGAAAGACAGAAAAUAAAAGCCGCCGUUGCGGCUAAUCUUCAACUUACUGGAACCUUUGAUCUCAAUGCAAACGGUAGUUUUGACAAGUUAAAAAAAGAUUUAGCUGGUAUGUAUAACAUAGAUAUCGAAGUUUUAGCAACAAAAACCCCAUCUAAAUCACCUGAAUCUGCGGAGGAAUUGAUGGAGCUUGUAGAAAAUUAUCCAAAAGAUAUCGCUGCAAUCAAUGAUGGCAAAGGAAAAGUUAUUAAAGCAGAGCUUUUUCCUUUAACGUCUCUUAGAACUGAUUAUAUUGAAUACAUGCCAAACAGGGCUAUAAUGGGUCUAUUAAAUGAUGUUGAAACAAAGUAUGAUGAUAUAAGAACCGUUGUACGCGAGUUUUAUCCCUGGGAAAGUAAAAGGCUAGUAUCCACUGAUGAGCAAGAUGAACUGGUACGGCAAAUGUACGGUAACUUAACCGCUGCUCAAACAGCAUUUCACUUAGCUAUUAGCAAUCUUGAUGAAUCUAUGAAUGGUAAGAUCGACCAGUUCAAAGAAGCUUUUAAGUCAUACGGCACUGGAAAAAAUAAUAUACCCAACAGAUUUCAAAGAUGGUUUUGGAAGCUAAGACAUGAAGUUACCGAGGAGCCAAUUAUUUGGCAGAAGCCGGAAGGAAGUGGAACUGUUUAUAUAAAUUGGGGACAAAAAACUUGCAAUUCAUCGGGUGGACAGAAAGUAGAACUUAUGUACUCAGGACAAGCUGCUGGCUCUUUGGACAAAGCUUGGGGAGGAGGUAAAGAUUACAAAUGCUUACCACACUCUCAACCUGCUAUAUCGAAUCCUAUUCCUAUGCAGCCGAAACCAGCUACAAUCGAUUCUGUAGAAUUCCGUACUCUCAUCGAGCCUGACAAAUCUGGACCUAUUCCGUGCGCUGCAUGUAUGCUUUCUGAUGUGAGGGAUUUGAAAACAUUUUAUGCUCUAACAUCUUGCCCAAAGCAUUGGAGGAAAGAGUAUUCUGGCUUGACAAUGGCUGAUAGUGGAUCAACUGUUGAUUCUGAUUUUCUAUGUCUGAAUAAAGAGGUUUUCUCAACUCUUGCGAUGAACGAAGGUGGAAAAUCAGUUUCUAAGUUGAAUCCUGUUUGGAUGAAUUGCGAGAAUUGUAACGGGGACAAAGUUGUUCCGUGUAUUGUCUGCAGCUACGAUAACAAACUUGAAAUCUAGAAUAUCAGAAUAAAGAAAAUAUAUUUCCUUUAAUAAAAUAUGUAUUUUACCCCUGUUAUUAUGUGAAUGGCUUUAAAUUAAAAACCAACUACUGUAAAAUAUUUUGAAUCUUAAAACGUAAAAAUAUUUUAGUCAAAAAUAUU